AUGAUAUCUUGGGAAGGCUUUCCAAUGGAGAUUCGUCUCGCGGUUUUGAAAGAGUUGAUGCAGGAUGCUUGUAGCUUGGCUAACUUCGCCACAGUGUCACGAGAGUGGCAGAAGAUCAUGGAGCCUCACAACUUCUCCCGGAUUAAGCUAAUGUCGGCACGCCUCGUCGAUCCUGCAAUUCUAAAUAUCUUCACAACACUUCGCGUAUGGGAACCAGGCAAUAGCUUGCUACUAGAUAUUAGCGUCUACUCCCCCAGUGACUCGAAGCAUUGGUUCAAAUAUCUGACCUUUGAGCCUGAUGAUGCUUUCGAUAUGUUUGACCGGAAUCAACACACAGUGGCUUCAAUGACGGUCAGACCUACUGACCACCGCCACGGAUGGAUUUCUGGUAGUCGAAAUUCCAUUCUAUCCUCUGACGCCCUCGAAAAACCCUGUAGUGAAAUCAUGGGCGAGUGCCCAUUUGAUGAUGAAGAACAAGAGGGUCAGUGGUGGCAGCAACUGCCAUUAGUCCCGGCAGUAACAGGUGUGCUUCUUCGUCAACAGAGCCGCCGACGAUGGAAGCCGCCCGCAUUGGCACGUGAUGCAAUUGGUACACAUGUUGGGAAUAUUAUGAGAUGCUGA